AUGGCUCUCCUGGUCCUCACCCGAAAGAGGACGGGUCUGGCGGGAGUGUCGGCGACCCGCAGACUGCUGGUAAACUUGGCGGUGUGUGACAUGAUGGUGGUGUGUGUGUGCAUGCCAGUUAACCUGGGACUCCAGGUCUACAACGCCUGGGUGUUCGGUGAGUUUCUGUGCCGCACCGUGCCGUUCGUUCAAGCGGUAUCGGUGUCUGCGAGCGUCCUGAGCCUGGCUGUGAUCAGUCUGAACCGCUACUACAGCGUGCACAAUCCUCUCCACGCCCGUUCUUUUUUUACCGGGCGGCGGAUACUGUGUAUGAUCUGUGUGGUGUGGAGCGUGUCGUCGGGGUUGUGCAUACCGCUCCUCUUCAUGAACACCACCCAGACUCUGUCGCUGCUGGACAUCACCGUGACUGUGUGCGUGGAGAGCUGGAACGAAGUCAAACUGAAACAGAGAUAUAGCUUCCUGCUCUUUUGCUCUCUCUACGGCUUUCCGGUGUUGUUUAACCUGGUUAUAAGCGUGCUGACCGGCUGGAAGCUGUGGGGCACCGACGACAAACGGACGCAAGAUUCAAAUACAUUUGGCGUUAAGCUAUCACUGUCCCGCCUCAAAGUGCGUAAAAGGAUAGCCAAGAUGGUGCUGUCACUAGUUGUGCUUUUCACACUGUCCUGGCUACCUCUGUAUGUAGUGGACAUAUGGUUAGACUUGAACAUGACUGCAUCUUUAAAGAAUGAGGAUGAUGUGAACCAGGUCAACCACGAGUGGAUUCUUCACGGGAGACCAUUUGCGCUAUGGUUGGGUCUGACCAACUCCGCUCUCAACCCGCUCUGUUAUUGUUUCGUGGGGAACUUGCACAGGUCUGCGAAAAGGUUCAGGAAAAGCUACCGACUGAAACUGUCGUCAGUGUGCAGUCUGUUGCCACAGCAGUCCUCCAUGCCUAUGGGCGGCAUCUCAGUGCCCAAAGUCGUGCCAUAUAGCAGGGCGCAAUCAGUGAAUCGCAGCGCAGAGAUGGGCGCAUCGAGAAAGUACGCCAAUUUAGGCGAUAAACUAACCAAGAGCAAGAGCCUGUCCUCUGUGACAGCGUGUGAGACUGUUUUCGACUGA